CAUUGAUAGGUGGCACUGACUGGCACCGAUGGGUGACACUGAAGGGCAGCUCAGAUGGGCACUGAUAUGUGGCAUUGAUGUGCACUGGUAGGCACUGAUAUGUGGCAUUGAUGUGGCACUGAUGGGCACUGGCAUGUGGCGCUGUUCAGCACUGACAGCUGUCACUGAUGGACACUGACAGGUGGCACUUCUGGGGCAACACUAAUCAUCAGGGCACACUGAUCAUCAGUGCCCUGAUGAUCACUGUCAGCGUGACAGCUCGAGAGGAGAGAAAUGCCGAUAAUCGGCAUUUCCCUGUUUACAUGUGAUCAGCUGUGAUUGGACAUC